AUGACAGCUGGUAUAUUUUGCGGCGUUCUGAUGAACUCGACACCCUUAAAACUUGCAUCUGUUGGAUUACCUGUUAACCAUCCCAAGGAUGUAUCUAUCCACGACGAACUAGAGUUUUCUCUGGAACGAUAUGCAACAUGGGUUGCACAAGCGGAACCACAGACUGCAGAGUUCACUCAGUUCCGAGAAAUGUGGCCUGCCAGGUUCAUGGAACUUUGCAAAUUUCACUUGUCGAUGUUGAUUGAUCUGCCUUUGGAGUUCUUCGACUCGACUGAAGAUGAUUUGUGCCGUAACAAUUCUUCUAGCCGACAUACUUCCGACUACGAUCAUGAAGCGACCUUGCGAGCAUUUUAUGGGACCGUUCGUUGGCCGAGGUUGCCAUGGUCUCGAUUGCUCAGCGGUGCACACCAUUCAUGUCCCAACUCAGUCUCGGAUUUGGAACCGCCUAGGUCGACAAGCUUUCUUGCUGGCCGUGCUAUCACAAAUGCAUUUGAGAACACUAAAGGAGGCUGUGCCAACUCCCCUUUUCUAAAGAACAUUCUCAUCCUGAUGGAAACAUUGGACAGUAAGACGCAUCUCUCAGUAGAGGGAAUUUUUCGGAAAAGCGGAAAUGUUGUCCGUCAACGCACGAUCAAACAACUCAUCUUGGGCCACAACAAACCCUUCUCACUAGAAGAACUGAACGAACCAGGCGAUGGGUCUGUUCGAACGUGGACGGCAACCGGGCGAACCAAAUCGACGCAAACUACCAGAAAAUGGAUUCAGUCUUCAUUUGGCCAACAAAAUGAGGCGACAACACGCGUGAAUGUGCACGAUUUGGCGGCUGGUUUGAAAGCGGCGUUGCAUGACUUGCCCGAACCUUUGCUGACCCACAAGCUGUUGCCGCUGUUUGUGCAAGUAUCAAGUUUGACCAAUGGCCGAGUGGAUGAACGCGGUAACUGUGUCAAACUUCGACCAGUGGAGGAGAAAAUCGCCAAGGCGAAGCAACUGAAAGCUCUUCGUUUGCUAUGCCUUCUCUUACCUGAACCACACAUGGUUCUUUUCAAACGGUUACUGCUAUUGCUUGAACAUACUCUGGAACAUACGGAAAGCAACCGGAUGACUAAGGAGAGUCUCGGAACCAUUUUCGCUCCCUUGCUUCUCUCGACAAGCAAAGUUCCUCCUCGUGACCUUCACAUUCAAUACGACAGUUUGGCCAAAUUGGCAACAGUGCUAAUCUGUCAAGGUGCAGGCCUCUGGAUGGUGCCGAAAAGUUUUGCGCAAGAUCUGCACAAGAAUCGCAUAUUGCUUGAGGCCGCUACCUCACUGAGUUACGGCAAGAGGGAUUCUCACACAGACUCAUGUUCUAGCCACAGCUCACAGCGCAACCUAGGCUUGGACUGCUGUUUGGAGACACAUUCACUACAACGCUCCACAUCUACCGACUCUGGUUUGGGUUGGACGGACGGAGGGCAGAAACACUGCGAGUCAGAUGUCCCCAUUGUGACUGGCGCUCGGGUCAAACUAGCCGACGACGAUUUGCCUCCGUUGGUUACUUGUGUCAAAUUCGCAACUCCGUCCAAUGUGGAUAUGUCUGUGAUGAAUGUGAGGUCGCCAGGUCUAAAUGAGACCGACUACGCUGUGGCCGAGUUGUACGCACUUGUACAGUCCAUGUCAGAUGAUGAUCCCAGAAAGCGCCGUCUCAUCCACCGGUUCAACGCCGCCAAUGGUGGCUUAACCCCAUUCGUAUGCCCUGUAAACAACAAUGCAAGCCAUCUCACCAAUGAGCAACACAAUUCCCCCACAUGUCUACACGCAAUUUCUGGAAGUUUCUGCAGGCCAAAUACCAGUAAUACCGCAUACAGAGCUGCAAAGAACCUUCGAUCUUCCCUGCGAGUAAGUCACCAGUGUUUGGUCAAUUUGUGUUCUUACACAGUGAACUUGUCAACUAUUAUUCCAUUUCUAUUCCGUUUCUUCUUCAGCGCAAGUUGGUGAUCCGAAGUACUCUGAAUGUCUCGAGCUGUUUCAAAAGCCCAUCCGUCAUAAAAGAGCCACCUGAUGAAUCUCGUUUGGAGCAUGACGUAGUCGCUGGUCCUAAUCGAACUCCCAUGAAACCAAUCACGAGUGUGCCAAUUUAUUCUGUUGAUGAUUUGUCCAAAGAGCAAGAUGGCGAGAGCUCGCCAAUAUUUGACGCCAUUCCGAUGCCCGACCUAGAAGAUAUUGAUGAACCGUUACUUGUGGCGGCCACUGUUGUUCGACCUGAACCUCGGUAUUCCCAAAUCUCAACAACUUCGGUGUCUAGUACCGUUGCUGGGGAUUUGUUCUCCUGCUGCCCUUUGGUUGGAUCCGUCGUAUCGCCAUUCGGGAAAAGAAACACCCAUGUGUCCAAGUUAAAAACACCCGAUCAAUCGAGUCCUUCCGUGUCGAGCGGACUUCACAUGAUCAAAAAGAGGUUACGAUAUCUAUCGCCAGCUGUGAGAUCACAGAGUCCAAGUACAUCCUAAGCAUUCAAAAGAGCUGGUCGGAAGCGCUGUCCCUCAUACAUAUUCAAAUGGGC